CAUAAUCAUAAUGCUCUUCCGGCUCCACCUCAUGCUCCCCAAACCUAUCCAAUAACCUCCGGCGUUGUGCUUUGGAAUUGCAUUCAAGGAAAGUCUCGUUGGGAGCCUUGGGAGAUAGAAAGCACGAAAACAUAUUCAUUGUUCAGGCAAGCAAGUGUUGGGAGAAGAAACCAGUUGGAGUAGAAGGUGAACUUGGUUCCCAAUCAGUGAGAAAACCAACAGUCCACGAAUCAAGCUAUCAAAUACUGAAGAUAUAUUACGGUUUCUUCAGUAACUUUGUGCGAUGAGUCGAGUCGAUACUCGAGCCAUCGGGAAUUCACUUUGUCAACUCCAAUGUCGCAUCGUGAUGAUGCCUUUCGUUUCUCUCCUCUUCUCAGAAUCGACCACGAACUUUUCCUCAAACAAAACAUCGAAACUCCGAGAUACUACAAAUCUCGAUUCCCAUGUUUCAGCAUCCACAGCAAACAAAUUCAACAUGUCGAGCUCUACUCCCGAAACCAACUCAGCCCGAGCACCUCCAUGCCCUGAAUGCUCCGCCAAAGAUGCGAAAUACGAAGCCCUCGAUGUUGAAGCAGAAGCCACCCAAAGACAGGCAAGCCAGCUCUCUAACGAAGUUACGAAGUCAAAGAACUGCUUGUCAUCGUUAAAGGUGAGAAAGAGAUUGCAGAUGUCAAGUUAUUUCAUCUGAAGGAGAAAAUUCGGCUGCACGAGCAGAUUUGCGAAAAGCUCUAUGAAAAGAUGAGUAUGCACGCGAAGACUAUUGAAAGUCUGCGAGAAGAGAAUAUGGAGCUGUACGAGCAGGUGGGAGAAGCGAUGAAAACCAUCCACUUGCUUCCGACGAGGAAAGCUUAUCACGAGCGCAAGGAGGAAAAUGAGAAAUUUAAGAAAGAGAUCAGGAUACUGAAGAGCCAAAAGCAAACUCUGGAACAACCUGCUAUACCAAAUAAGAAGAAACUCCAGGAGAGAAUUCAAGUUCUGCAGAGCGAGUUGAAGGAAGCGAAGCAGUUCAAUAAGUCAACUAUCUCUCAGGUGGAGGACAUGAAAGCCCAAGCCGCCACGAUGAAGAAGCAACUAACUGGAAGCGAGCGAUGUCGCGAGACUGAGGUGUGGGACCUUCGAGAGGAGGUGAAGGAGCUGGAAACAAGGAAAGCCAAGCUCCAGAUCGAUUUGGGCAGUAUGGAGCUGCUAGCAGGACGCCUGGAGAAUGAAAAUACAGUACUGAAGGGGAGGAACACAAACACAACAACGCUUCUGGACGCAGAGAUCUCUAGGGUCGAAGACUUCACUGAGCAGCUCGUGGAUGCACAAGAAUUCGUCUCCCUCGCCAGGUACCCGCUUGAAAGCUGCGCCAAAAUCCGUCGACGACUCUUCAACGGACGGAGAGGCGACUUUUGGAUCAACGAGGAGGGAAACAGAAACGCCCACGAUGGCUAUCUCAUCUCCGACGUAUUCAUGUGCAAACUGGACCAGAUGUCUCCAACAGAUAUCACCAUGAUGGCUAGGGUAUAUGGACACGAUUUCAGGGACAGCAUUAAGUCAUCGGAGGACUUGCAUCGACUUCACAGAAGAGGUUUUCAGCUCGAGUUGAUCAACCUGAGAGCAUCGACGGAUUUGGAAGACCCUCAAACAUGUUCUUGAGCCCAUGGUCAACGAGUUUUGCAGGCUCAACGACGAGUGCAAGGCGAUCUGGCAGUCGCUUCUUGAAGUGGAGUUGACGGACGAAAGGCGAUGCGAGAAGUUCGAUAAUCGACAGGAUGUCCAGGCACGCAUCAUUGUGAUGAGGGAUGUUCGGAAGAGGGCUGCAGGGCGGGCAGGUCGGAGAGUUGCCUACGAGGAGCGGGCUGUGGUUUCAGCAAUAGAAUCUUCUCAAGGUGUAGAUGUUGAGUAAGAGGAGGGACAGAUUAUGAUCUUGUGCUAAUCCCAGUCCAAAGACACCAUAAGUCCCCUACUUGAAUGGUUAGGUGCAAAACCAUGAGUAUCCGGUAGAGUGGUACCUGAAAUCCGAAGCAAUAAUUGUAUCUGCUUCUCCUAACAGAUCAUAUUGUGUGGGAGUGAUAAGUAAAUAAUGCGCAAUACCAC